AUGAACUUCAACGGUGAAGCCCAGGGCCAAAGCCAGGGAGAGACCAACACUACUACUACUACUUCUAUCACCCCUACACCAAGACCCAUCAGCCACUUCCACACUGGACCUGAUACUAUGACCAACCUCAACCCUACACCCAACCUCACCCCUACAUCCAACCUCACCCCUGAUCCCAACCUCACCCCUAUACCCACACCCAACCACAGACCACUACCAGUGACCAGCCUCACCAACCCAUACCCAUUCCCCAACCCAUACCCAGACACCACCAACCCAUACCCCGAGACAACCAAUCCAUACCCUGACACAACCCUGAUCCUGGACUCUGGAGAACGCAUCCCGGACCCUCCUAACUGCACUGCACCCAAAAGCCCAACUGAGCCCUUCAUCUAA